AUGAAUAAGAAGAACACGAUCAGAUUCUGCGAGCUCAACAUCAACGGGCUCGGCAGUGCAGGGAAGCAAGGGAAAUGCAAAGAUUGGAUAAGGAACAAGGCGGACAUUGCGGUACUUACAGACACGCGUAUCCCUGCUGAUCACAACUUCUGGACCCAGCUGAAGCCGUCUGCGGUGGUGGCCGUGGGGCCAGCUGGGUCGGCAGGAGGAGUGGCAGUGCUGCGGAGUGUCCUGGUGAUGGGUGACCUGAAUGUUGUGGAGGACCCAGUGCUAGACAAGUCAUCGGAGGUAGGGUCGUCGGCGGAAAACAGGAGGCUGAUGGGAUACUGGGCGGCCACCGUGUUGACUGAUGUCUUCCGCUUUACGCACCCUGGGAAAAAGGAGUACACUUUUCAUAUGAGGGCAAAAGGAGUAAGCACCAGGAUUGACCGCGCGCUGGCGACGCAGCCGCUACUAGGAAAACUGGUGGAGGUGCGACAUGCGGACAUCACGAACAAGAUGACAAACCACUGGUGUGCGGUGGUGGUCGCGCUGGAGUCGUCAGCGGCGGUCGAUAGGGGGCCUGGCAUCUGGAGACUGAGGGCUGCUCAAGCAAAGAAGAAAGGGGUUAGGAAUCGGGUUGAGCGAGUGCUCAAGGACGCAGGCGGGGACCUCGGCAAUAUGUUGCCCAGGUUAACUGCGUGCCUGAGGGCGUACACACGGGAGGAAAAAAAGAGGGUCGGGGUGAUGAAAAGGCACCUGAAGAAGGAGGUGAAAAUCUACAGACACCGGCUGUCGCGAAGCCCGAACUGCAAGCGAACGUGGACAAUCCUGCUCAAGAAAGAGGAGCUGCUUGACGCGUAUGAAAAAAGCCACCAGGAGAAGCUGCAAGAGUGGCUCGGGGUGAAGGCGGAGCUGGAUGGGGAGACGACAACCGGUUUUCUGUCUGGAAAAGUGAAAAUGCGCAAGGCCAAGACGGAGAUGUCAGCGGUGAAUUUCAAGGGGGUAACUCACUCGGGUGCGAGGGAGGUGCUGGUGGCGGCGACUGAAUUUUUCAAAGACUCUUUCGGCGGGCGUGGGGAGGCAGGCUCAAGCGCGUUGGAGCCGAGAGUUAUGCGCCGAACAUUGUGCGACGGCAGCAGGAAUGCGCUCAGUGCACCGUGGUUGGAGGAGGAGGUCCGGACGGCGAUCUUUAUGUCUUGGGCGGAAGGCCUGCACACAGGAGCAGGAACGAGGCUGCACAUUAACAGGUGGACAGGAGACCGAGUUGCGGUGGAAAGAGGGGUGCGGCAAGGCUACCCACUUGCACGAUACCUUUUUCUGUGUGCGGUGGAGCCGCUCUGCCAGGAGUUUGCGCGGCGGGGGCUGGGGAUCGGCGACGGCGGGGCGGAUAGGCUGGCGUAUCUGGGGUACGCUGACGACACGUCACUCCUGUCGAAUGGGGAAGAGCAGCUGGCUGCUGCGGCUGAGGCGCUGGAAAACUUUGGGAAGGAAUAG